GUCAUGAUUAUGACAGCUAAAAGAAAGAAGUCGCGUUUUCUAAUUUCUAUAACGCGAUUCAAGUUUUCAAUGUUUCAUGUUGUAUUAUAAUAUUUUAUAACAACUACACUAAUACUAGCAUUUGUUUAAAUAAGUACUUUACUUUACUGAACUGCACAAAACACGUCCUCAUUUAAAAGAAUAAAGCUUUGAAUUACGAGUUUCUUAAUUUAUAUUUACUUGUUUAACUUGAAAUCGACAUGAAUGCUUUGCUAGAUUACGGUUCGUCUUCAAGCAGCACAGAAGAAGAAGACAGCAGCGAUGAAGAAAAAACAACAGUAGAAGACCGGAAAUAUGAUGAAAAACCAAAGUUACCGAAACCAACUCUCGGAGAAAAUACCCUUCACACAUCGGUUUUUUCCAAUCCCUUUGUUGCGGAAGAAUUAGCUAAAGCUGCCAUACUGGAGAAACAUGUUAAAAUGGUUUCAGGUAAAGACAAUACUCAAAUGAUCAAUGGCAAGAAAAUAUGCUGGAACUAUAGAAAAGGCCGCUGUCGGUUUGGGCAUAAUUGUAAAUACGCACAUGACUCUGAUAUACAGAAGUCUAAUGAAGAAUUAGAGGCUGAAAAACAGAAAUUAAAAACAGUUGUGUGUGAAGGAGCAGGCACAAUGACAUCAGCUCCUCCACCUCAAGUUGAACUUGAAGCCUCUUCAGCAACGGAUGAUGAUGUUUGGGAAACUAAAGCAAGUAAAAAGAAAAAAAGACCUGGACUAUCUCAAGGAAUUGUUCCUGGCCAGAAAGUUAUUAAAAUGUACAAGGAGCAGAAAAUCAAAGAUAGCAACAAUAAAUGUUAAAAUUAU